CAGAACGGAGCUACCAUGCACAACGUUUUGGGGCCCGCGUGCAUCUUUCUGCGCAAAGGCUUCGCUGAGAGCCGGCAGGACCGAGAGUUAAGACCAGAGGAAAUGGAUGAGUUGCGUGAGGCAUUUCGAGAGUUUGACAAAGACAAAGAUGGAUUCAUUGGGUGCAAAGACCUCGGGAACUGUAUGAGGACUAUGGGCUACAUGCCAACAGAGAUGGAGCUGAUUGAACUGAGUCAGCAGAUCAACAUGAACUUGGGAGGGCAUGUGGACUUUGAAGACUUUGUUGAACUCAUGGGACCCAAACUUUUGGCUGAAACAGCAGAUAUGAUUGGUGUAAAGGAGUUAAGAGAUGCAUUCAAAGAGUUUGACACAAAUGGGGAUGGAAUGAUCAGCACAGCAGAACUGCGUGAGGCUAUGAAAAAGCUUUUGGGACAACAGGUUGGUCACAGAGAUCUAGAGGACAUCCUCCGAGACAUUGACCUAAAUGGAGAUGGCCAUGUAGAUUUUGAAGAAUUUGUGCGGAUGAUGUCACGAUGAGCAGAACAGAAAGACUUGACAAGUUCUUAAUGCUUUAUUUAACCUCAGCAAAAGGGAAGAAGAACAGAUGACUGAACUUCUGUUAUUAAACAUAUCAGCCCUGUCUGGAGUCUGCCACGUGAGGCCAGGGGCACACUGUUGACCUGAUGUUGCUGCUGUUUUGUAGACCUUAAACUGGAUUUGGGCUUCACAGAUUAUAUUUAUAUACAGUAUAUUGAAGUGUUAUUUGCAAUACUGGGUAUAUGAAA